UCACUUUCCAACAUGGCGGCGUCAGCUAAGAAGAAUAAGAAGAAGGGGAAGACUUUAACCCUGACGGACUUCCUGGCGGAGGACAGCAGUGGUUCCGGACCACCUGUUUAUCCCGCCGCAAAGGCCACCAGUUGGGCUGAUGAGACCGAAGACCUGGAUGGAGAAGUGUCUACUUCCUGGCACACCCCUGAAGAUUCGUAUCGUGCUCCACCCAUCGAUCGCUCCAUCCUGCCCACGGCUCCUCGUGCGGCCCGGGAGCCGAAUGUUGACCGGUCACGUCUGCCCCGCAGCCCACCCUACACCGCCUUCCUUGGAAAUCUGCCCUAUGAUGUCACCGAGGAGUCCAUCAAACAGUUCUUCAGAGGCCUCGCGAUCAGCGCUGUCCGGUUGCCGCGUGAACCCAGUAACCCUGAGAGAUUGAAAGGCUUCGGCUACGCUGAGUUUGAUGACGUCGACUCGCUCCUCCGUGCGCUCACCCUCAACGAGGAGAACCUGGGGAACAGACGUAUUCGAGUAGAUAUCGCAGAUCAGUCCAAUGACAAAGAGCGAGAUGGCGGUUCGAUGUCAGGGCGUGAUCGUGGGCGUGGCAGUGACAGCGGACCUGAUAAGACAGAUUCUGAUUGGAGGGCUCGUCCCAGUGUGGAGCAGGAUGACGGACCGCGCAGAGACGACGGCUACGGAGAGAGGUCACGUGACCGGUACGAGUCUGAUCGAUACAGGGAUGGGCCGCGGCGUGAUGAUCGCUACGGCGGUCGUGAUCGCUACGACGACCGGGAUCGCUAUGAUGACUGGGAUCGCAGGGAUCGCUAUGACGACCGAGGGGGCAGGGACUACGAUCGUGGAGGUUAUGACUCCCGUGGUGGAGGACGCCGGGCAUUCGGCAGCGGCUACAGGCGCGAUUACGAUGACCGGCGAGACGGAGAUCGCUACGGAGAUGACCGCUAUGACAGACGUGAAGAGAGAGCUCCUCCUCAGAGACCCAAACUGAACCUGAAACCCCGCAGUGUCCCGAAAGAGGAGGAACAGAGCGGGGGCUCGGCUAUUCAGGCCAACCCGACCCGGUCUGCCUCCAUAUUUGGAGCCGCAAAACCUGUGGACACGGCGUCCAAGGAGAGGGAAGUGGAGGAGCGUCUGAAGAAGGAGCAGGAGCGACUGCAGAGACAGCUGGAGGAGGACAUGCCCAGACCUUCAGAGAGACGACCUCGAGACCGGGACCCGAGUUGGCGCAGCGAGGUGACGACCAGUGAGCCCGAGCUCACGAGGAGUGAAUCCACACACCAAGAAGGUUCUAAGUAUCAUGAAAAUGAGCAUUCGGAAAAUGAAGUGGAUGAACCUACCUCUCCUGGGUCCCGCCCACCGACAUCCGCCAGUCAGGGAGCUCUCCCGCUGAAGGUGAUGCCGGCUCCUCCGCCAAAGGAGAACGCCUGGGCGAGACGGAGCACAGGAGGCACACCUUCAUCCGGCGGCGGCACGGCUCAAAAGUCUAUCAGCUCCUCAGAUUCCGUCGAGAGGAUAUCUGGAAAAGAUGAGAAUCAGUUGGACGGUGUAGGACGGGAGAAAGGCGUGUCUCAGGGAAGAGGGGGCGGGGCAUUGAGAGGAGGAGGAAGGGGUCGAGGAGGAGAUGCACCUAACAAAGACAGACGACAAGAUCCAACAGACAAGAGAGAGAGCAGGCGAGAGCCCAGAGCCGCACCAGAGCCAAAGAAGUACGAGGAGACUGCAGCUCCGAAAUUCAGCUCAGCCAGUAAAUAUGCUGCACUGCUGAUGGACGGUGAGCAGGCAGAGGAUGAAGAUGUUGACGAUUAAACGAGAAGGAAGAAAAGAGUGCAUACAAAUGUGGAUAAUGUUGAAUUAAAAAACCGGAUCAAAUACUU